UAAACAUCCAGCUCUAUUUGACACUUCUUGGUUUUUUUUAUUGUGACUCUGCAAGCGACGUUUUUUGUGCAUUACUUUUAGUUAGAUUCGUUUUUAAGCCUAUAGUUUAAUUGUUUAAUUUAUUGUGAUGGCCGAAUUUCUGGACUCCGAGGCCGAGGAAUCGGAGGAGGAGGAAGAAUUGGACGUGAACGAGCGCAAGAAGCUCAAGAAGCUGAAAGCCGCCGUCUCGGACAGCAGCGAAGAAGAAGAAGAUGACGAGGAGCGCCUGCGCGAGGAGCUCAAGGAUCUGAUCGACGACAAUCCCAUCGAGGAGGAUGACGGCAGCGGCGAUGACUCGGACACCAAGAGCGGUGGCGAGACCGAAGGCGGCGGCAGCGGCAAGAAGCGCAAAAAGCACGAGGACGACGAUCUGGACGAUCGGCUGGAGGACGACGACUACGAUCUGAUUGAGGAGAACUUGGGCGUCAAAGUAGAGAGACGGAAGCGGUUCAAGCGCCUGCGUCGCAUCCACGACAACGAAAGCGAUGGCGAGGAGCAGCACGUGGACGAGGGUCUUGCCCGGGAGCAGAUCGCCGAGCAGCUGUUCGACGAGAACGACGAGAGCGUUGAGCAUCGCAGCGAGCGAAGUCCCCGGGAGGCGGAUGCCUUCGACGAGGAGGACUCGGAAUCGGAUGCGGAUGAUUUCAUAGUGGACGACAAUGGGCGUCCCAUAGCCGAGAAGAAAAAGAAGCGUCGUCCCAUCUUUACAGAUGCUUCCCUGCAAGAGGGCCAGGACAUCUUUGGCGUGGACUUUGACUACGACGAUUUCUCCAAGUACGAGGAGGAUGAGUACGAGGACGACUCCGAGGGCGAUGAAUACGACGAGGAGCUCGGCGCCGGCGAUGAUAUGCGCGUGAAAAAGAAGAAGGCUUUGAAAAAGAAGGUGGCCAAGAAGACAAUCUUCGACAUAUACGAGCCGAGCGAACUGAAGCGCGGCCACUUCACCGACAUGGACAACGAGAUCCGCAAGACGGACAUACCGGAGCGCAUGCAGCUGCGCCAGGUGCCCGUAACCCCAGUGCCCGAGGGUUCCCAUGAGCUAGACCUCGAGGCCGAUUGGAUCUACAAGUAUGCGUUCUGCAAACAGACCGUUUCCGAGCAGGAGAAGGCCGAGAAUCGCGAGAAAUUGCGCAAACCGCCGACGGCGGUGAACAAAAUCAAGCAGACGCUCGAAUUCAUACGCAACCAGCAGCUGGAGGUGCCCUUCAUAGCCUUCUAUCGCAAGGAGUAUGUCAAGCCGGAGCUGAAUAUCGAUGAUCUGUGGAAGGUUUACUACUACGACGAGCGCUGGUGCCAGCUAAACGAGCGUAAGCGCAAGCUAAAGGUGCUCUUCGAGAAGAUGCGCCAGUUCCAGUUGGACACACUGUGCGCCGAUCCGGAGAAACCCAUUCCCGAUGAUGUGCGCCUAAUGCUGGACAGCGAUUUCGAGCGGCUGGACGAUGUGCAGUCGAUGGAGGAGCUGAAGGAUGUGCAUAUGUACUUUCUGCUCAACUAUUCGCAUGAAUUGCCGCGCAUGCAGGCGGAGCAGCGGCGUAAGGUCAUUCAGGAGCGUCGCGAGGCCAAGGCGCGUCGCCAAGCCACCGCAGCUGCUUCCGCUGAGAACGGCGAUGGCGAUGAGAGUGCAGCCAUAGUGAUUCCCGAGCCGGAGGAGGAUGAAGACGAUCCAGAGCUAAUCGACGACCAGCUGAAGCAGGCGCCUAAUAGCAGUCCCUAUGCGGUUUUCCGCAAGGCGGGCAUCUGUGGCUUUGCCAAGCACUUUGGCCUCACGCCCGAGCAGUUUGCCGAGAAUCUGCGCGACAAUUAUCAGCGCAACGAGGUCACCCAGGAGAGUCUCGGUCCCACGGAGCUGGCCAAGCAGUAUCUAUCGCCUCGCUUCAUGACCACCGACGAGGUGCUGCAUGCGGCCAAGUAUGUGGUGGCCCGCCAGCUCGCCCAGGAGCCCCUGCUCCGCAAAACGAUGCGCGAGGUUUACUUCGAUCGAGCGCGUUUGAAUAUAAGACCCACUAAGAAUGGAAUGGUGCUUAUCGAUGAGAAUUCACCCGUUUACUCCAUGAAAUAUGUGGCCAAGAAGCCGGUGGGCGAUCUAUUUGGCGAUCAGUUCAUCAAACUGAUGAUGGCCGAGGAGGAGAAGCUGCUGGAGAUCACGUUCCUCGAGGAAUUCGAGGGCAAUGCCAAUGCCAAUGGGCCACCGGGCGAUUAUGUGGAGGAAUCGAAGGCUUUGUACCAUUUGGAUCAGUUCUCUAAGCAUGUUCUGGAGUGGAAUGCCUUGCGUGCGGAGUGCGUUAAGCUGGCGCUGCAGAAGUGGGUCAUUCCGGAUCUGAUCAAGGAGCUGCGCUCCACGCUGCACGAGGAGGCGCAGCAGUUUGUGCUGCGUUCCUGCACGGGGAAGCUUUAUAAAUGGCUGAAAGUGGCGCCCUAUAAGCCGGAGUUGCCCACGGACUAUGGCUACGAGGAGUGGAGCACACUGAGGGGCAUAAGGGUAUUAUCCUUAGCCUACGAUCCCGACCAAUCGGUGGCCGCCUUUUGCGCCGUCACGACCGUCGAGGGCGACAUCUCGGACUACCUGCGACUGCCGAAUAUCCUCAAGCGCAAGAAUUCGCACAAUGCCGAGGAGAAGGCCCAGAAAUUGGCCGAUCUGCGCAAGCUAAGUGACUUUAUCAAGAUGAAAAAGCCGCAUAUUGUGGUAAUUGGCGCUGAAUCGCGCGAUGCGCAGAACAUUCAGACGGACAUCAAGGAGAUACUGCAGGAGCUCGUUUCGGCCGAACAGUUUCCGCCCAUCGAGGUGGAGAUCAUCGACAACGAGCUGGCCAAGAUCUAUGCGAAUUCGAAGAAGGGCGAGUCGGAUUUCAAGGAGUAUCCUGCGUUGCUAAAACAGGCUGUUUCCCUGGCCCGCAAAAUGCAGGAUCCGCUGGUGGAAUACUCGCAACUGUGCGACGCCGACGAUGAGAUUCUCUGCCUGCGCUAUCAUCCGCUGCAGGAGCGAGUGCCACGCGAGCAGCUGCUGGAGCAGCUGAGCCUGCAGUUCAUCAAUCGGACGAGCGAAGUGGGCCUCGACAUUAAUCUAAUGGUGCAGAACUCGCGGACGGUCAACCUGCUGCAGUACACCUGCGGUUUGGGACCGCGCAAAGGGCAGGCUUUGCUCAAACUGCUCAAGCAGAGCAACCAGCGGCUGGAGAAUCGCACACAGCUGGUCACCGUCUGCCAUUUGGGUCCGAAAGUCUUUAUCAAUUGCAGUGGCUUCAUCAAGAUUGACACCUCGUCGCUGGGCGACAGCACGGAGGCGUAUGUGGAGGUGCUAGAUGGAUCGCGAGUCCACCCGGAGACUUACGAGUGGGCCAGAAAGAUGGCCAUCGAUGCGAUGGAGUACGACGACGAGGAGACCAAUCCGGCGGGGGCGCUCGAGGAGAUUCUAGAGUCACCGGAGCGCCUCAAGGAUCUCGAUCUGGAUGCUUUCGCAGUGGAGUUGGAGCGUCAGGGUUUCGGCAGCAAGAGCAUCACACUGUACGACAUCAGGAACGAGUUGAGCUGCCUGUACAAGGACUACCGAACGCCGUAUACCAAACCGAGUGCAGAGGAGCUCUUCGACAUGCUGACCAAGGAGACGCCGGACUCGUUCUAUGUUGGAAAAUGUGUAACAGCCAUGGUGACAGGCUUUACCUAUCGUCGUCCGCAAGGCGAGCAGCUGGACAAUGCGAAUCCGGUGCGAAUCGAGUCGAGCGACAGCUGGCAGUGUCCCUUCUGCCACAAGGAUGACUUUCCCGAGCUCUCGGAGGUGUGGAAUCACUUUGAUGCCAAUGCCUGUCCCGGUCAGGCUUCUGGAGUGAGAGUGCGUCUGGAGAAUGGCCUUCCGGGCUUUAUACACAUCAAGAAUCUGUCCGAUAAGCAGGUGCGCAAUCCCGAGGAGCGUGUACGCGUCUCCCAGAUGAUCCAUGUGCGCAUCAUUAAGAUCGACAUUGAUCGGUUCUCCGUCGACUGCUCCUCGAAGACGGCGGAUCUGAAGGAUGUGAAUAACGAGUGGCGGCCGCGAAGGGAUAACUUCUACGACUUUGUCACCGAGGAGCAGGACAAUCGCAAGGCCAGCGAUGCCAAGGCGAAGGCGUUGAAGCGAAAGACCUACGCCCGUCGUGUCAUCGCGCAUCCCAGCUUCUUCAACAAGUCGUAUGCCGAGGUGGUCGCAAUGCUAGCGGAGGCGGAUCAGGGAGAGGUAGCCCUGCGACCGAGCAGCAAGUCCAAGGAUCACUUGACAGCCACCUGGAAGGUGGCCGACGACAUCUUCCAGCACAUCGAUGUGCGCGAGGAGGGCAAGGAGAAUGACUAUAGUUUGGGAAGGAGUUUAUGGAUUGGCACCGAGGAGUUUGAGGAUCUGGACGAGAUCAUCGCCCGUCACAUCAACCCAAUGGCUUUGGCUGCCCGCGAACUGAUACAGUACAAGUACUAUAAGCCCAAUACGGCGGCUGCGAAUGCGAAUGAGCGGGACUUUAUGGAACAGGUGCUGCGCGAUGAGAAGAGCUUAGAUCCCAAGAAGAUACACUACUUCUUCACCGCCUCGCGCAGCAUGCCGGGCAAAUUCCUGCUCUCCUAUCUGCCCAAGACAAAGGUGCGUCACGAAUAUGUGACCGUGAUGCCCGAGGGCUAUCGUUUUAGGGGACAAAUCUUUGAUUCGGUCAACAGUUUGUUGAGAUGGUUUAAGGAGCACUGGCUGGAUCCCACGGCCUCGCCGGCCACUGGAUCCACGGCCUCGAAUUCAACGCCCCUGCUCCAUGCGAUGCGUCCGCCGCCGGCCAUCUCCUCGUCCUCCUCCGCCGCCGGCGGCGGCUCCUCCUCCUCGCUGGGCUCCCAGGCGCCGUACAGCAUUACGGGCAGCGUGACGGGCGGCACGCCACGCAGCGGGAUUAGCAGUUCCGGUGGUGGAGGAUCCUCCUCUGCCUACUCCGUAUCGCAUUCCAUUGUGGGCUAUAGCUCCUCCUCAGGCGGAGCUCCUGCUGCUGCGGCUGCUGCCUCGCAUUAUGGCAGUUCAUCGACGCCUUCCUUCGGGGCCAUCAUCAAUACACCUUACACGCCCAGCGGACAGACGCCCUUCAUGACGCCCUACACGCCGCAUGCCUCGCAGACGCCGCGCUACGGCCACAAUGUGCCGAGUCCCAGCUCGCAGUCGUCGAGCAGCCAGCGGCAUCACUACGGCAGCAGUUCCGGCACGGGCAGCACACCUAGAUAUUAUGAUAUGGGAGGAGGUGGAGGCGGUGGAGGAGGAGUUGGCGGUUCCAAUGCCUACAACAUGCCGCCGCAUCACCAGCAACGUGCCAAAGAGAACCUCGACUGGCAGCUGGCCAACGAUGCCUGGGCAAGACGCAGGCCACCGCCGCAGCAGCAUCAUCAGCAGCAUCAUCAUCCGCAGCAGCAGAUGGGCAUGAACAUGAACAUGGGAAUGGGCAUGAACAUGGGAAUGGGAGGAGGCGGAGGAGGAGGAGGCUAUGGAUCGACGCCUGGAAACGACUACAACAGCGGACACAAUCGAGGAAUGGGAAUGGGAAUGGGCAUGAACCAAGGCCACGGACCACCUGGCGGCGGCGGAUCCUCAUCCAUGUCCUCAAAGGCAUCCGUGCGCAGCACUCCACGCACCAACACCUCACCCCACUCCAUGAAUCUGGGCGAUGCCACGCCCCUGUACGACGAGAACUAACGAAACCCUAUGCUAAACACAUAAACUAAACUAAAAAAAACAACAAACUACAAGUCGAGAACAGAACAGAACCGAACAGAACAGCCUACAAUAAUAAUAAAACAGAAAGAAAGAAGAAACAGAAACAUGCGCAGCUGGCGGAGAAGCAGUUGCAUUAAUCUUAGAAAGUUGCAGUGCGAUUUCGCAUUGAUCCUCAACGAUAUUUACGUUUAAGAGCCAGUCUUUAACUGAUUCGCGGUACAUAUAUAUAUACCUAUAUAUAUAUAUCCUACAUAUAAUCGAAGUUCAUCCGAGGGACCCGGAGGAGCUGGGAUGGCAGGAAGAGGAGCAAUCAGGUUUGUGACGACGGAAGGACGACAAAAUAAAUUUGAAUUUUUUCUGACCAGAAAUCCGAGUUGUUCUUACUUUCGGGGAUUUUUGAAUGUAUUUUAUUAAGAGACCUAAAGAAUUCGCGUAUUAUUGCGAUUGAAAAAGUGUUCCAGACCUGAAAAACGAUAUGAAAGUAUAAGUUUAAAAUUAGUUAUUAUAUCUAUAUUUUUUACCCUUUCUUUUGUAUAUUUUUCAAAUAUUUUUUUGUAUUAUUUUUUAUUUCUUUCCCGCCCUAAAUAUAAUUCUAGAAUCGUUUUUUUCUGACCAGAAA